UUUAGGUUCACAGUUUCUCAUGUUCAAAGUUGGGCUAGCGCCAGCAUACCGAGUCAAUUGCCCGAACCGAGUUGCAACAGUCCGUGUAGAGCAGGGCAUCCCAACAGAGCUCCUCACGCUCAUUAAGAGCCCGCUGUGCUCUGCUUUAGACGCAGUGAUCGUCUCUGCUACAAUCUAUCGUUCUCUCUCUAAAAGGAACGAAACUGGUGGAGACGUUGUAGCACAGGGUAACAAUUCCCCCAUGGCAUCUUCAUCGAGCAGCGGACUCACCUUCAAGCUCCAUCCUCUGGUGAUCGUCAACAUCUCCGAUCACUACACUCGAGUAAAGUCUCAAACACACUUUGCUGAUGCCAAGCCCAAUGGAGGCGCAUCGCCGUCGCAUCCAUCUCCACCUCCUAGGGUUUUCGGGUGCGUCAUCGGCGUUCAGAGAGGACGAACGGUUGAAAUCUUUAAUAGUUUCGAGCUCCUUUGUGACCCAUCAACCGAUUCACUUGACCGUCCAUUCCUCGAGAAGAAACAAGAACUAUAUAAAAAGGUUUUCCCCAAUUUCUACAUUCUCGGCUGGUACUCGACGGGGAAUGAUGCGCAGGAAUCGGACAUGAGCAUUCACAAAGCUGUGAGUUCUAGAAUCUUUUUAUUUUAGAUUUUCAUGAAGUAU